ACUGUAGACCUCCUCCUCUUCCUUUCUUUCUGGAACCUCUUGGCUGCCUUCUCCCUCCACCCUUCUGUCUAGUGUCUUUUGUGUGAUUUCCUCCCCCUCCCUCCUGUCAGCGUCUUGUGUUGGAUGUGUGUCACGUCCUCUGAACCUUGGGCUUUCCCUAAAGUGUGAGAGCAAAGACCUGUGACCCACGGGAUGGACCUUUCUCGCUGUAGGUGCUUCCCCCCUGAAGGUGACAGGGUUGAUCUGUGUCAGAACCUUGAAGGGCCCCAGCCUUCUGGGUGCCAGCUUCUUCCCCCUUCCCCCCAUGGGAAGGCCUUCUGACCACAGCCAGACCCUGUCCCCUCCGUGGAAGACCUUCUCCAGUCCCCUGUGAUGGUCUGCCCCCUCCUUGUAAGCCUCAUUGCCCCUUGCCACGUCUCCAUCCAGUUGUUGGUGUACUGUCUCCCUCCUCUCACCCCAUGCCUCAAUAGGAGGUCCCCCAAUCUCCCCCUCCCCCUGCUCUGGGAAGGCUCUGGGGUUUCGCCCAAGACUGGCCUUACUGGGUGUGAGCCUCGUGAAGACAUGUACUGCAUGCCCCUCCGUGGGGUUGUCAUGAUAUUGCUUGAGAAUCUUCCCUCUGAGGGAGUCCUGGGGCAUAUACCGGGCAUCAUUGCUAAAGAGUAACCCCUCUUUCUCGGCAAGCCCUUCCCCUGCCCCCUUUUUCUCCCUCAAGUCCCUCCGUAUGUUCUGGGUAAAAGUGUCCUCUUUGGUGAGUUGGCUCAGUUUCUCUUCCUGCAUCCCCGCCUCUGCGUCGUUCCAUCCGCCUGGGGAGCUGAUGUGGUGCGAUCCUGAGGAUUCUCCUUCUUUCCUGCAGUGCUCCUUGCCGUCUGCAUCUCCAAAGGAUAGCACUGCUCAUCUCCCAGACGUUUCCCUGUUCUCCAGCCAGCUAGAAGGGGAUGGCUCAGGAAAACACACCCAGGACCCUGACUCUUCUCUGCUCCUUAGUGACCCUCCAAACCCCGAGCCCACUUCAGACCCUCCUGUGCCACCCCCAGCCUCUGAGGAACAGGAAGAGGAGGAGAGGCUCAGUGCCUUAGAAAAGAGUAUGUUUGUUCUCAGGGAGUUGAUUGAGACGGAGAAGAUGUACGUGGAAGACCUGGGCCAGAUUGUGGAGGGCUACAUGGUGACCAUGAAUGCCCGUGGUAUCCCAGAGGACAUGAAGGGCAAGGACAAGAUAAUCUUUGGGAACAUCCACCAGAUCUAUGACUGGCACAAAGAUUAUUUACUCAAGCAGCUGGAGAAGUGUCUGGAGGACCCUGAUCUUCUGGCUGAACUGUUCAUAAAGCACGAGCGCCGUUUGCACAUGUACGUUGUUUACUGUCAGAACAAACCCAAAUCUGAGCAUAUUGUGUCCGAGUUCAUUGACAACUACUUUGAGGAACUGAAGCAGGAACUGGGGCACCGCUUGCAGCUCAAUGACUUGCUCAUCAAACCCGUACAGCGGAUCAUGAAAUACCAGCUGCUGCUCAAGGUGCUAACGUGGGAGGAUUUCCUGAAAUACUAUGGCAAAGCUGGCAAGGACACAGAACAGCUGGAGAGAGCUGUGGAGGUGAUGUGUUUUGUUCCUAAGCGCUGCAAUGACAUGAUGAAUGUGGGGCGUCUUCAGGGCUUUGAGGGGAAACUGACUGCGCAGGGGAAGCUGCUGCAGCAGAACACCUUCUGGGUGAUGGAGCAGGCAGGCGGGAUCCUGGCCCGGGGCCGUGAGCGGCGCAUCUUUCUCUUUGAGCAGAUUGUCAUCCUGAGUGAGACCCUGGAGCGGCGGCGCGGUCCAUAUGCCGCUCCAACAUAUGCCUUCAAGAGCAGCAUCAAGGUCAGCUGUUUGGGCCUGGAGCCCUGCGUGGAUAAUGAUCCCUGCAAAUUUGCACUGAUCUCUCGCGGCGCAGAACGGGGCACCAUCCGUUACGUACUGCAGGCAGCAACGUCAGAGAUUGCCCAGGCCUGGGUGGCUGACAUCAGCCUCAUCUUGGAGACACAACGUGACUUCCUCAAUGCACUGCAGUCGCCCAUAGAGUACCAGCGCCGAGAAAGCAAAACCCAUAGCCUAGGACGUAUUGGCGUCCCGCAUCAUUCACUGCCUGGUGGACCCAGCCGGCCCUGCUCCUCCGUCUCCAUGGACCAGAGCAAGGGAUCCAGCCUCCAGCCUCACAAUGCCUCUCUCCCCUCCCUCUACCUUCCUGGCCCAGGCCAGCCUGAGCAACAGGCCUAUGUUGAGCCAUCUCGCAGCCAAAGCUCUCCAGGGCCUGGACCAGUUCACAUACCUUCCAAUGGCUCUGAGGUGCAUCUCUCCAAUUCCUCCCAGCAGGAGUCCCUGCACACAGCCCCGAGUGAUGACGACGCCAGGCCGCUGCUCCCUGAUCCUGAAGUCCCGGAAAUCAGUUUCCCUCAAGGCUGUGCUCAACUUGCCCAACUUGAUGAGGAUGAGCUGUGACUCUUGGACUGUGGGAAAGCCGCUGUCAGACCAGCGGGGGGGGGGGGGCUUUGACUGGGGAAAUCUAUCUAGCUCUUCCCUCCUCCUCUUCUCCCCUCCCUCCUCCUGCUGUCUCCAUGGGAAAGAGACACAGCAGCAGCUCAUGGUGGAAACUCUUGCUGCCCUCUGGUCCUGCUCUGUUUGCCCAGACACCCCCCCAUCCUAUGAAAGGGGCGCAGAACCCCCACAUUGGAACCAGAGAAUGCCACUGGUGGCCCUUUCCUUUUCUCCAGACCCCUGUAUAUGCAUGCUGUGGGGCUGUAGGGGCUUCAGGUCGGGGCUCUUGGACGAGGGUGUUGCAUUGUGUGAACUGAGAAUUUUAUUUUGUUUGUUGUAAUAAUAAAGAUUUUAGUUAAAACAAACAAGGAGACAAAUUGCUCCAGGACACCUCCAUCUUCAUGCAGGCUCUUCCGUGAGUAACUUGUGCACCAUGUGCUAGGUCCCCUUCUCUUGGCCUUGCACUUUAUUUAGGGCAAACGCUAAUACCUUGUUGGCCAGUUUCACAACAUCUUCCUUUACACUGCUUCCCCUCCUAGCACAGAGGAUAUAUAUAUAUAGAGAGAGAGAGAGAGAGAGAACACAUGCAUAUACCUGUAAUUGAUUGAAAUGAAAAAUGGCCCUUAGGCUCUGACACACUGAGAAAGGAACCAUCUUUAUUAGCAGUUUCAGAAUCUUGCCCAAAAGAGUUUUCCCCCACUGUUUUUUGAAAGAACGGGAUAGCCUAAGGAAGGUAGACCCAGUUCAAAGUUUACUUUUGAACUCACAAUAAGUGUCAAGAUACAUAUGUGAUACUGCCAAGUUGUGAACGUUGCAGGUACAUUUAAAAUGGCUGGUUGGUUCUCCCAGCAUUAAACACAGAAGCAGACACCCUUUUCCAAUCGCUGCUUCAAGUUUCCUGUGGACUAGUCCAGCUACGUUAAGCUUGUGUUUGCUGUUCACAGUUGAGGACUUAAAAUUUUGCCAUUUGUACUUUUUUGCCCAACUUCUGAAAAUGCAAAUCUGUAUUGUGUGGUACAUGUGUAUAGGUACCUGCAUGGCUGUGUGCAGCCAUGGCAUUAUUAUAAUUAUAUUAAACCUAUCCCAGAAAAUUCACAAAGUGCAAGAGAAGGAAGCAUAUUUGAAGGUGAAGGUGAAGAACAAUUCUCAUGGGCAAAUGUGGUGUUAAGGAAAAAUAUUAGGAAGUAGUGUGUGUUUAUAUCCACGCAUGAAGCUUUAGGCAAGUCUUCUCUUCUGCAUGCACAGACACUGUGGUAAUAAGCAGGAACCAUUAUUUGGUGCUUGUACCCACAAGCAACACUUUCUCCACUACAGUUCUUUGAGACAGGGUAAAAGACCAUAUCUAGGGGGUGGAAGCUCGAUCCAAGCCAAAAGCCUCCUUGUGGGUCCUUCAGUUUCAGCAGACACUGCCCCCAGGUUCUCAAGUUACACUUUGAAACCAAAAGGACUAAACACCUUUAAAAAUGUUUGUGGGAUGACAACUUGUGUGGAGUAUAGGAAAGCCUACAACAGACACACAGCGCUGCCUACGAAUAUAUCUGACAUCCAGAAUCAGGUUACUAGCUUGAUUCCAAAUAUCCUUUUGCCAUUCUAGUCCAUUUUUGCCCCUCACUGGAAGCUGAUUUGGGCUCACAAGGCAGGUCAGCAUGUUUUGUUACUACAGUCCUUCAUUUAUUGGUCUUGCAUUUUCAUUCUGAAGGAGAAGCAGUUGACGGGUUUCCAGCCUCAGGUGCCAAAAUAUUCAGCACGGUGACACCACUGGCUGUUCUACUUCAAGAGGAAAAAUGUUUUGGAAUGGUCAUGCUAAGGGACUUCUCUGUUAUCUCCCAUUAACAUCAGAACAGACAUAAAACUCCCAAAUCUGGGCAAUCCCAUUGUGCUGUUACCUGUUAAUAGGAUUUGGCUUUACCCAACAGAGGAAAAGACAGAAGUGCAGAGAUGCAAAUGAGUGAAACUAGGCUCUUUCACACAUCAAAGGCAGCUCGGCCUAUUUUAACAAAGGAGGAUCUGCUCAAAUGAUGCUGGUGGUGUUACAGACCUGCCUGUGAAGUCUGCAGCAAGAAACACACAAAAAGCUAUUUUCAAUUAAGCAGUUUUGCACUUCUUUCCUGCAGUUGGAACGUAGAACCUUCCUUGGCUACAAUGGCUGUUUGGCUUAUUUUGCACUGCCCUACACAAAUAAUGAGAGGUGAAAAGCUCUGCCAUGUGAGAAAAAUACUCAAAAGUGUGCUGUGUUAGAGUUUCUCUUCAGAUGAGAUGCGUGUUCUGGCGAUUUGCUCAUUAGACUGGAUGAGGUGGUGGACUGCUGGUUUCAGAGUGUACUACCACAUCUGGCUGAAUAGGUUUUUGAAUGCUCCUUGUUUAAAGUACUAGCUAGCACUUCAGGCAGGAAGAAUUAGCAAUAGCGCUACCCCUUGCGUGUUUACUUUUUAAAAAGAUGCUUUUUUAAAAAAUUGGAGGGGUAUUUAAAAACAUGGGGCCCACACUGCACUCUGGUAGAGGUCCCUUAUAAGAUGUUACAGAGAGGCAAAAUGGGGGCUGAGGAAGGCAUGGUGUACUGCCCACUGACUUCACCUCAAGCAACACGAUGCCUCUCUAUGUAAUGUUGUAGAGAGCACCUGCAUUAAAGGAUUAAUGUGUGGGUCUUCCUGUCUUCUUUGUGGCUCUAGGAAGAAACAAAAUGUCACUCUGUAGUCUUUUUCAUUACAAUAUCUUUGUUUUCUCUUGAGACCAAACUAGAUAGGUGGGGAAACAGUGCAUAUGUUGAACAUGUGUUUGUCCUGUUGACAUAGAAAGGCAGAGGAAAUUCAGGGCAGGAAAAUCAGAAAUACUCCUUACACCAGAACUGGGGCGGGGGAGGGAGCCAAAUGUGCCCCUCCCCCACCUCUGUAGCCUUAAUUUGUUCCCCACCUGCCUGGUUCCCUUCAGGUGUCAGGAGCUGGCUGAGAGGAAACUGCUUAGAACUGAGGAAAGGAAAAGGAUGGUGGUGGUGGCAAGAUUGUGCUUCCAUUUUGUGUUGAAGCGUAGCCCCCCCCCCACCUGUGUCCAGCCCAAAACAUUUUGCCACCUGAGGCAGAGCAGCAACCAGUGUGCCUCCCCCAAUGUCAAAGGUGUCUAGUGCCAAGUCUGAUCAAGUUGUUUUGUCACCGGAGGCAGAAAAUCCCACAAGCUCCUCUCCCUGGGGGUUAAAAUUCAAUAAUUACAUUAAAGAGUUGACAAUUUGCUACCCUUUUAUGACAUUCAAAUUUAGCUGCCUGAGGCAGACGCCCCUCACCCCAUGCUUUACAUGUGAAUGGGCCCAGGCAAAAUACAUGUGAUGGGAUAGUGUCUACUGUGGCACUUGCUGGCUUCAUAAUUUUAGGUUUUGGUUCCUCCUGUGUGGCAUCCGGGAGAAAUAAGAUUCACAUCAGGAUAUGAUGUUUUGGUUAGAACAGCAAAAAAGGAAAGGAAGCAAAAGACCAGAUUAUGAGUAAGGAAUGGUGAUGCCCAACCCUGUAACCCUAGGGCUGCCAGCAUUGGGGAUGUCCAGGAUUUCCUAGACAUGUCUUAUUUUAGGGGGCCAACAUGCCCAUUGGCAGAUUUUUACAUUUAACAGGAAAUGUCUGGGUUUGGGGUUUUGUUUUGUGGGGGGGGCACAUGCAUGUUCGGGAGGGCAACAUUGACCUGCUGUGCCCUGGAAGCAGAAGUGCCGUGUGGGGCCAGAGGAGAGUGCGUAGGAGGUCUGCAGCGGCUGCCCUCUGGAGCAAGGCCUUCUGCAGCGAAGAUCAGGGAGAUCAGAGGAUCCUGCCUCUGCCUUCAACCUGUUAGUAGCAUUGCUGCCGCCAGGCCCACACACCUCUUUCCCCCCGACUCAGGCUGGCAGUGGCCACUUCAGUUUCAAGAGAAUGGUGUGCAAGUUCUGCCACAUACAAUGGAACUUCACAGAAGACACAAUUUAAGUCACCCUGAAGUAAGAUAUUUGAGCCCUGGGCACAGAAAAUAGUAAGUCUAGCUGAAAGGCAACACAUGGAGAUCAGCAUCCAUCAUCACAAUGCAUCCCUAAUUAUUGUUUUAGAGCAGUGUUUCCCAAACUUAGGUCUCCAGCUGUUUUUGGACUACAGUUCCCA